UUCAGCGGGCCGUGGACAGUGAACACGGAGCUUCAGUGACGGCGACCACUGAAGCCGUCCCGUCCCGGCGUAUCAACGGCGCAUCCCGUCCUGUCUUUAUUUCAACAACACUUUAACGUCUUCAUAAUCGUUCAACAUCCGGAUGUCCAAUAUCUAACAAAUCACUUGGCCGUUGUUUAUUUCGAAUUUAAUGACCCCCCUUCUUUCUACUAAAGCUUCAUCUUCAAAACCAUCAAGGUCACAAGGUCCAAUUGCUAGGGCGUUUGCUGGUCACCACUCACCACUAUCAUCACCAACGAUUGGAAUCAACAUCAUCGGAUCACAUUCAGCUUCCAUCGACCUUUGACCAUCCUACGACGACGCGCCUUCAUUUCGACAUCAACGACACUUUACGCCCCUGACAUCUUCCGUUCACUGAUCCAGUAUCUCAGGACUCUGAUGCUGGCAACCCGACUUUAGGUUUCGGAAUGCCAUCAUGACCGCCCAAUUAGUGGCAUCCGAGCUUGCCAACCUCAUCCAGGAAAGCAAGCGCAAAAACAAUGACUUGCGCCAGGCCGCUGAAAAGUCUCUGGAGGAGCUCAAGAGUCUAAAAGUGACAUCUGAAGCCCAAAUAUCUGCUGAACUCUCCCAACAGUCAAACUUUGUCAACCCAUUUAUCAUCGCCUGCGGCACAAAAAAUGUCAAAUUCACCGGCAUUGCUAUCGUUUGUCUUCAGCGGCUCAUUGCAUCACGCGCUCUGCCCAGGUUCAAGCUGAGCCAAGUUCUCGAAGCACUGCAACAGGCCACGUCAGCUGGACUAGAUGUUCAACUAAAAAUCCUCCAAGCUCUUCCCUCUUUACUCUCCAACUACGCCGCUGAGGUUAAAGGCGAGCUUCUGGUUACCGCCCUCAACAUAUGCUUCAUCUUGCAGUCUAGUAAAAAUGCUAUUGUCAACAAUGCUUCGGCGGCAACCCUCCAGCAGCUUGUGGUAUCCGUCUUUGACAAAGUGGUAGCUGAAGAUGGCGCUGGGGGCCAUGUUGAACAUGUUGGGGAGGCUCCCACCCAAGACGGGCCAGUACCAGUCCAGGCUGCGGCCAUGGAUGCAUACAGGGUCUUCAACGAUAUCUGCCUUCUGACAGAGAAUCAACGCCCCGAGUACCUCCGGUUUUCUGGCAUGCCUCAGACGUUCGGUCUGGAACUCAUAGAAUCAGUCUUGACCAACCAUGCUGCCAUCUUCACCACUCACCCAGAGCAGGCCGACAUCUUGCGCACUCGGGUUAUGCCCUUCAUCAUUAGUGCGCUUCGCGGUAAACCGAACUUUGCAACCAGUGUCCGUCUCGUCCGAAUUCUCUUCACUUUACUCCGACGUCAUCUCACUGUUCUCCCUUCGGAGAGUGGAGAUGCCCUUGACAUCCUUACCCAACUGUUGGACCAGGACACUGCACUGUGGAAGCGGUCUCUCUGCAUGGAAGUUUUCAGAGGCAUCUUCGCCGACCAUGCCCUGCUCCGCCGUAUUUUCAUGCUUUACGAUGCCAAAGAGGGCGAGAAGAACAUUCUCAAAAACCUGACGGCCACGUUUGUGCGCGUCAGCACCGAGAAGCCGACAGUGAUAGGUCUCGGCCUUCAAUCCACAUUACCAGUUGCCAACCCAUAUGCGAACGCUGUGGCUUCUACAGACCAAGCCAUGCUGGAGGCCAGUGGUGUCACAGGCAUUAUAUCCGGUUCAGUCAGCUCAGAUGGCCAUAACACGGGCAUCAGCACUCACUGGAGCACCAUGCGCUCUCCCUGCAUAGACCAGCUUGAUAAGACGGACCCCCCAAGCAUUCCAGAGUCAUAUCUGUAUAGCCUAACCUUGGCCUGCAUCACUUCCUUGUCAGAAGGUCUGGCAAAGUUCAUCCUUCCUCUUACCGUGCCUAGUGAGGGGCGGAGGAAGAAGAGUGCAAAGCCAGAGGGCGGGCGAGACUCGCCUGCUCUAACCGCCGAUGAAAGACCCAGUACGCCCAGCGAAGGCUCCAAAAUCCGGGAAAGGUCAACCUCGUUCAAGAGGAACCCACUUCCAGUUAAUCCGCUAACCCUGGAGACUCACCCUUUGUACCCAGAGAUCAAGGUCUGCGCCGCUUUCAUCGAUGAAUGUUGGCCGGCAAUUCUUGCCACAUGUUCUACCUUCCUAUACUCUGCACUCGACUCGGAGUAUUAUCAUGGCCUGGUUAGGGCCUUUCAAAAGUUUGCUCAUGUGGCCGGAUUGCUUCAGCUCACCACUCCGCGUGAUGCCUUUCUUACCACGCUUGGUAAAGCAGCAGUGCCACCAAAUGUCUUCACAGCUUGCCUCAAUUCCACGUCGUCCAGGAGGGACACUCCAGCAUCGGCAACGUCGGAGACGGGCAGCGGUUUGUUUAGCAACGCCCGCGGUUUGCUUACUACCGAGAGCGCCUCGGCCCAGGCAGCAGAAAAGCAAAGGCAGCAUUCAAUGGACAUAACUCCCGCUACACUCAACACCCGGAACUUGCUGUGUCUUCGGGCUCUUCUGAACCUUGGCAUUGCUCUGGGCCCUACUUUGUCUUCUACUUGGAGGAUUCUCCUAGAGACCUUGCAACAAGCAGACUUUGUCUUGUUUACCUCGGGCAAAGCUGCAGGAAGAACACCGCUGGCGGCUAAGGGGCCAGAUCAACAAGCCGAGCAGGAAGCCAGCGUACUUCUGUCGAAUUUCAACACCGAAAUUCGAGCAGUAGAGACUGCUGCUUCCCGGCUUUUUGAGAGCACGGUUGACUUUCCCAAUCCUGCUUUCGUGGAAAUUGUAGAGGCAGUGUGUGCUCUUCUCGUCAAGCAUGUCGAGGCUCCCCCUGAGUCCACGGGGCAAGCGCAACCAUCACCUCCCCCGGGCCCCCUUCGUACCCCGACUUUUACACACAAAAGGGUUCUCAGUAUCACAACUUCUCCGGGUGCAGGUGCCAAUCAGGAAGAUCAGUUCGCUCUUGCCAAGCUGGGAGAUCUCGCUUCCAUCAACAUGGAGCGAUUGCUCUCGUAUGCUCCGGAAGCAUCCGGGUGGACGCCGUUGAUAACUGAGUUGAUCAACACACUUAGUUCAUCCACUAAUACUUCUCCAGUCAGAGCGCGCGCCGCUGAAACGCUUGUGCGUAUUCUUCUGGAGGCUGCCGGAUCUGUUGCAACUCAGCAAGAAGACAUCCGUGGUCCCAUUCAGAUUCGUAUUCUCGAAGCAUUCCACAACUCGCUAUCAUCCCUUCAAACAGAAGGUCGGGAGGUGUCCCUUAUUAGCAACCACGCUACCGACAUGGAUAUUCACCGUAUCGUACUCGAAGGCCUCAAAGGCUUGCUAGAGAACUGCGGCGAGAGUCUUGUUCAAGGAUGGGACACCAUAUUCGCCAUUAUCGAUACGAUUUUCGUUAAAGAGGAUCUUCCAUCGGAUGCUCCAUCCACCACAACACCCCGACUCAUGACGCGCUCUGUCAAACUAAUCAGGCCCUCCUUUGCUUCUUUGCAGCUAAUAUGCUCCGACUUCUUACCCUCGCUACCCAACCUUUGCUUUCUCAAUCUCGUUGACACCCUCUACAAGUUUUGUACUCAGGAUGAUGACCUGAAUGUCGCAUUAACUACCGUCACUUUUUUCUGGGCCAUCUCGGACUUUCUUUCUAGCAAAAGCAAGACUAUGUCUCUCACGCAGGACAUGGUCAAUGAUUCGGGUGAUGACGCGCUUCUCAAGCUGGCUGCUGAUCCCUCGCAUCACGAUUCUGGUGGGGCGCUGUGGAUGCUCCUUCUCCUGAGACUCACUUCAGUUGCCACAGAUCAGAGACUAGAGCUGAGAAACAGUGCCGUCCAAACUCUGCUCCGGAUCAUCUCCGCCUAUGGAGAUAGCCUGCGUCCCGAGGCCUGGUUGAUCUGCAUCAGAUCCGUGAUUCUAAGGCUUCUCGCGUCGAUAGAGGACGAGCUUCGGGCAGUUCAUACGUCUCCAGCUAAAGCGAACGACAAAGAGGGCUGGACAGACACUGCCAACGUUGUCAUCCGGGGCGUUUCUGGACUGUUCGCUUCAUACCUCCAAGUACUUCUGGGUCAUGAGGACUUCGCUACUACCUGGCAGCAGCUUCUCGGACACUUUGCCAGAAUGUUGGACGUCCAGAUCCUCGAUAUCAAUGCCUCCGUCUACAGCGCUGUUCGGGAAAUUUUAAGGAGCUGUGCUGAACACGUUCAGCCAAGACUCGGCAAGGUCAGCUUGGACUUGACAUGGGAUCUCUGGUCCAGAGGAAUCCCAGUUCCUGAAGAUGGAAAGGACGACAAGUCAUCGGACAACCAGAAGUGUCUUUUGGUUUGGGUUGAAGCACUGCUGGAACUCUACGGACUCAUCAAAGACGAUUUUGGCGUGGAAAGGAUCCGACGGAUGCUUACCCUGCUUAGGGACGCCAUGCAACACGCCACUCCCGGAGCAUACGCCAGCGACACCGAAUAUGUCACUCCUUUGCAAGGUCGGAUUCUCCAGGUUUUCUGCACAGUGCAGACAGACGUACCGGGUGUCCCAUCUGCUAUGAUCACCCAAAUAGCCGAGUUUGUCUCGCUAGCUUUUGCUCAGGAUAACCCGGACAAGGCGGCAUCAGAAAAACGCACAUUCGUUGCCAUGUCAAAGGAGAGCAUGUCCAUCUUGCAAUCCCUCGUCAUAAAGCACGCAGCUGAGACCGACAUAUAUGAAACUGGAGCGUUCGCCACGGCGCUCGCAGCUCUAGCCAAGCCCAUCAUCCUCAAGUACAAGUUCAGGAUCGUUACCAAGUCAUCGCAGCCAUGGAGAGAAGCGACCAAGACAGUCCUAGCAGUGCUCGAAGCAACGCUCCCCCACAUCCGAGCGAUAGAUAAGGCUCGAUCGACCGUCCAGGAGAUAUGGCAGAUCAUCGUAUCCAUCGCCAACGGGAUCAUCAGCGCUGACUGCACCAUCGCGCCCACCGGCACGGACAUCAUGGACGACCAGAAGUUCGACAUUUCCUCAUUCCACAAGCUGAGAGAGCUCAUCAUCCCAGCUCUCGGCGCUGAGGUGAUCCUUGAUAAGACCAGGAAAGCCUACGCCGAGGGUCUCUUCCGGACAUCCAUCAUCCACGCUCUCGCGCCCGCCGAAGCUCUAAUCAUCUACGGCUCUGAGGACCACGACCGUGACAACACCAACGCCAACGGAAACGGAAACGGCAACGGAAACGACACAGUAGUAGACCUCGACCUCCUCUACAAGCAACGACGCGGCCGCACCAUCGACCCCCCGCCAACCCAGCGCAGCGCCAUGGCAGAAGUUUGUCUCGACGAACUUUUCGCUCUGGUCGCCAUCCACGAGGAAGAAGACGAAUCUCCCUCCACUCCCUCCAAACCGUCUUCUUCCUCCCCUGACCAUAAUACCAAUACCACAACAACCUCUCCUCCCGAAAGGUCAAACGAAUCAACUCACCCCCUCCACGUCCACCUCGCCCUAACCGCCGCGCCCUAUCUGAUCCUCCGCUGCGCCCUCUCCAUCCGUUCCUACGUCGCCGACCAGCCUCUUCGCGGGAGAAUGCCGCAACCUUUAUCUCAGCGGAAAGAACUCUACCGGAUUUUGAGAGGAUUAGUGGACUUGAGAUCGGAGCCGGACGCGAUUCCGGAUACGCCGAAUGUGGAUAGCGAGACCAAGAAACAUUUGUUGAGGUUGUACCCGUUGCUGGUGAGCAUGGUUAAGGUGGCGGGGACGAGUGGGGAUGAUAGGGUUUUGGCGAUGGUGGGGGAAGCGUUGGAGGUGGUUGGUGGGGAGUUGGGGUGUAAGUAG